AUGCUAGACGAGGAAUGUCUUUGGCUUUCUAAAUCCUUUCCAUCUUUAACCAUGGAUGCCAUACAGCGAGUAGUUUCAGUGUUCUUAGUGUUGUGCUUUGUGAACGUAUCUGAAUGCGCGAGAUGGGCUCAUUCCGUCUACCUCAGUCCCGACUAUCGGUUACUCUGGUCAUUAGGUCCUGGACCUCAAGAUAUCACAUUUGAAGUGCAAGUCAGGACGCUCGGGUAUGUUGGUUUUGGGUUUUCCAAGGAUGGAAGAAUGGCUGGAUCCGAUAUGGUUAUUGGAUGGGUGGAUCAUAAGCAGGUGUACUUUCAGCCUCUGACAGUUUCGUCAAAAAUGAUUUUAAAUAUUAAAAGGUCUCAGAAUUAUGACGAAGAGUCUUUACCAACUGCUUCAUAA